AUGGAUACGUCUCUGUCUCGCCAGAACAGCCGCGAGGGCAUCCUCGCGCUCAGGUCUGAGCUCAAGCUAUCCGUCGUCCUCCCGCUCGAGGACGCCGCGCGCGUCCAGUGUAUCCGGGUGAGUGGCGCGACGGCUGUUCUGCAGCUUGAUAAGCUGCAGCCUCUCUUCGAUAAGACUCUGAGGUGUCUAGAAACUCUAGACAUCAGGAUGGAUGUUCUCGAGGCUCAGCACGGAGUCGUCCUCACCGAGUUUCUCAAUAUCGACGAGAAGCGCCUCCCCGCUCUCCGAUCCCUCUCCCUGAAGGGCGUAUAUAUUCCCUGGAACUCUGAAUUCCUGCGCGAUUUGCACGAUCUUUAUAUCACGUAG